AUGGAGGAAGAAGAAGCUUCCACCAGUUCUGCAACACCGCCAAAGAAAAUAAGACGAAUGUGCCAUUAUAAUAAAGACUGGGAAAAUAAAUAUUCUAGGAUAACUAAAGCCAACGUCGACACUAGAGCUUACUGUAAAAUUUGUAGAAAUGAAUUUACUGUGGCUGAAAGUUUGAAGGGGGUGAACCAGCAUGCCUCUACAAAAAAGCAUAAAGAGGCGGAAAGUGCGCAAGCCAUGUCCCAAAGAAUGGACUCUUUCUUUACGCCUAAAGGAAGCGCACAGAGUGAAAAAGUAAGCCUUGCCGAGUUAGCAGAUAUUUUUCACUCUGUAAAACAUCACAUCUCCUAUUUGGCUCAAGAUUGUUCAUUAUAG